CGUGUUUCAGUUUGCAGAUGCCGACAGAUGUCCCCCAAGACGUACUCAAGACCGAGGAGGACCCCCUCAAGUGUGACCCCAUGACCCUGUCCAGCACACCGACCAUCCGCCGAGGCAGCACCCCGCUGCCCAUCAAGCACCAGCUCAGGCGGGAAGAGGCCGUGCACGACGACUGCGACUGGUCCUCGGACGCGGCCUGCCAAGCCUCCGCCUCGCCGCCCAUCCGCUUCAGCCACGACGUGGCACCGGCGGCGGAGGCGGAGGGCGGGCCCGACGGCCCUCUGAGGAUCGCCCUGCUCGGGCAGAACGGCGUGGGGAAGUCGUCGCUGGCCUUCGCCCUGGCGGGGGACGUAGACAGGACGGCGUCGGUGGAAUCUGACGGGGAAGGUCACGUGAGCGCCGUCACCGUGGACGACGAGGAGAGCACCGUCGUUAUCUAUGACAACUGGAGACACGACCUGUCGUCGCUGCGCUGCGAGGUGUGCGUGCUGGUGUUCUCGGUGACCGACCGGCGCAGUUUCCACCGCACGGCGCAGCUUCGCCUCCUCCUGCGAGAGACUCAGCCGCAGACUCCCAUCAUCCUCGUGGGCAACAAAAGCGACCUGGUUCGCUCACGUGAAGUCACCUCUCAAGAGGCCAUGUCCAGCGCCGCCCUCUUCAACUGCCUCUAUCUGGAGAUCUCGGCCUCUCUGGACCACCGCACGCCGGAGCUCCUGGAGAGCGUGGUGCGGCUGGCGCGGGGCCAGCCCCCGUGGCCCCCGGGCGCCGGCCCGGACGACGUGAGCGGCGGGGGCCAGCGGGAGAGCAUCACCUCGCGCGCCAAGCGCUUCCUCUCCAGCCUGGUUCCCCGGUACCAGCGCGAGCGAGGGGACGCCGGCAGGUUCCUGCGGCAGAAGUCGCGCUCCUGCCACGACUUAGGGGCCCUGUGACGAGGAAUGACGCCGACGCUAAAUCAAGGGUGUCAAACUUAUUUUCAUCACGGGACACUUCGGAGUUAGGGUUGCCCUCACCGGGCAGGUUAUACCGGUGAAACCACAUCCAGUUGAUAUAAAAAGUCUACACACCCCUGUCCAAAUGCCAGAUUUUGUGACCAAAAAAAAAGAGACCAAGCUAAAUCAUUCCUAACUUUUUUUCCCAACAUUAAUGUAACCGAAACAACUGACAAAAUGUGGUUGCACAAGCGUGCACACCCUCUUGUCACUGGGGAUGUGGCUGUGUUCUGAAUUAACCAAUCACAUUCAAGGUCAUGUCAAAUAGGAGUCAGCGCACAACUGCCACCAUUUAAAGUGCCCCUGAUUAACCCCAAAUAAAGUUCAGCUGUUCCAGUAGGCUUCUCCAUAAAAGAGUUCACCUUUUUUCAUUUGAGUUGUGCAUUAGAUCACAUUAAGGGUGGAGAAAGUCAUGAAAACCUGGCAUUUCGAACACGGGUGUGUAAACUUUUUAUAUCCACUAUAAAUGUAGGACUCCUUGGAGUGCAUCGCCAAAAAUAAGGAUUUGGUGCAUACCUUGGUUUUAAGUUUACGGUUUGGUUCACAUUUGGUAAUGGAACAAAAUGAAAAGGAAGAGGAAAAAAAAACGCUUAUGCUUUGUGUAACUAGGAACUGAUUGAAUAACGUUUAAAAAGAAACAUCAGCUAAAAUCUUUUCUUUUUAGGAAAGUGCAACAUGAAUGGUUUGUCUUCUUUUUCGAAAAUGAACAAUGCACGCGAGGGCAACAGCAACAGUGUGAAUUACGACGCUAAAUGUACAGCCAAGAGAAAUGCUACGAAAUGAAGAGAAGAGACGGUUGGGAAUAACUUCAUACAAUGGAAUGGAAGAAAUGUUGAAGUUGUAAAUGUGGGUCAGUGCUUCUGAUGGUGUGUAGGCCAGCAGAGACCAACCCCAACCCCUAAUAAUCCCCCUAUCAUAUCGCAUACAAUAAUUGCCCCCUGGGUUGGCUUAGCUAGUUUGAAACAGAAGUCAAGGAAAACAUUUCGUAAAAACUUUCACACUGAUGCGGAGGGCCUCGAGUUUGUCAUCUGUGUGCUAAAUGGAAGAGUGUCAUGUCUCAUAUUUAUCCAUCAUGUACAAAAAAAAAGACAAAAUGCUUUUAUGUAAAUCAGCUGCAGUAGUGAUACGUCAAUGUG